AAGAUAGUGUGGAGAGCGAAGAACUGAAAAGCAGAAUUCAAGAAGCCAAAAGUAAGACCCUAUUAAUUGAUAAAAGCAAGAUAAUAAGCAAAUUAUCAAAAAAUGUACUGGUCAAAAAGGAAAUUAAAAAAUUUGUUCCCAAGCUGAAAAAUUUUGCAUGA